AUGGUAUUCAGAAUCACCACCUGGAAUGUAAAUGGCAUUCGGAAUCCAUUUGGAUAUCAGCCAUGGAGAGAAAAGCGCACAUUUCAGGCCAUGUUUGACAUUCUAGAGGCCGACAUUGUGAUAAUGCAAGAAACCAAAAUUCAGCGCAAGGACUUGCAAGAUGACAUGGUUCUCGUUCCGGGAUGGGAUGUUUAUUUCAGUCUGCCUCAGCACAAAAAGGGCUACUCUGGAGUCGCCAUCUACACUAGGAAUGCGACCUGCGCCCCGAUUCGUGCAGAGGAGGGGAUUCUCGGAGUACUCUGCCCGCCAAAGAGCAACACACCAUAUCGGGAUCUGCCCGUGGAUAAACAGAUUGGUGGAUACCCAACGCUGAGCCAGUUGAGAGGAAACGUGGAUGAAGCAUUGCUUGAUUCAGAAGGGCGUUGCGUUGUUCUAGAGUUUCCAUCAUUCGUACUGUUUGGAGUCUACAGCCCUGCAAACCGUGAUGAGACUCGAAUCGAAUUCAGGCAAAGCUUUGUGGAGGCUCUAGACGUGCGGAUACGAAACCUCAUAGCUGCAGGCAAACAGGUGGUUCUUGCCGGGGAUCUCAACAUCAUACGCAGCGAAAUGGACAGCUCCAAUAUUGCCGAAAGCCUUCGAAAAGAGGGAAUCUCGAUGAACGAGUGGCAGUCAAUGCCAACGCGGCGGAUCCUGAACCAGCUCCUAUUUGAAGGGACUGUAAUCGGCGACCGGGACGAUGACCGUGAACGUGCGGUUUUAUGGGACAUCUGCCGCUGCUUUCACCCUACACGACUGGGAAUGCACACAUGCUGGGACACGAAGAGAAAUACACGGCCGGCUAAUGUUGGCAGCCGAAUCGAUUACAUCUUGUGCAGCGACGGGCUGAAGAGCUGGUUCGUGGACUCUAACAUCCAAGAAGGACUGAUGGGAUCGGAUCAUUGCCCUGUAUAUGCCACGAUGAGCGACAAGGUGACGAAAGACGGCAGAAAGAUUGAUCUAGCAGAGGUCAUGAACCCUGCCAACAUGUUUCAAGACGGACGACGGGUCCGUAAUUGGGAACAAAGGGAUGCUCUUGCUCUUUCAGCUAAGCUUAUCCCGGAGUUUGAUCGUCGUCGAAAUAUCAAAGACAUGUUUUCACGCACGGCGUCGCAGACUGGCUCGCAAGCGGAGAAGAUUGGCGAUUCGCCGCAAAUAGAAAAUAGGGGCGUGACUUCCGAUACAGCCGCAAGCUCGGGCACGACAAUGAUCGGUGCGGGCGGCAUGGCUUGCACAAACAAUGUUGGUGCAGCAGUAGCACUGGCACCGCCGAGGGCCAACACGGGCCUAGAGCGGGGAAGGCAGACCAAGAGAGAUAGUGAACAGCCAACUGAGUUGGGAGCUCCAGCAAACAAAAAAAGUAAAAGCUUCAGCGAUGCCAAGGCCAAAGCUAGCAAUGGGCAAAGAACACUACAAGGAUUCUUCAAACCCAAGGCUGUCGCCUCAGAUACUGCAACAUCGGCAGGGGAGUUGGCUCCCGCAGACCGCAAGCAAGUGCCUGCACGGGAGCGAACACCGCCUCAGGCGAAUGGAGGGUCCUCGCAAGCACCAGUACCAUCACCAAAGACACCGACAGAGCCAAUUGUCGCUGCAACGAAGCUGUUUUCCCCGAUCAAGGUGUUUGACCCUAUUGAAGCCAAAGAAUCGUGGUCGAAACUGCUGGGCAAGCGAGUAGUUCCGAGAUGCGAGCACGACGAACCGUGCAUCAGCUUGGUGACAAAAAAACCCGGUGUCAAUUGUGGGGGCUGUCUACCACGUGGAGGCAAGGCUGACGAUUCCAUGAUUGGCAACCCGGCAGGACGUUCAUUUUACAUUUGUCCUCGCCCGUUGGGGCCAUCGGGUGAAAAGGAGCGAGACACUGAGUGGCGUUGUGGCACGUUCAUCUGGAGCAGUGACUGGAGCAGUGCAGGUUUGUCCAACGACUCGUGA